CUCGUUGAGACGGACGGGUGAGAUGGUAUUGCUGGCCGCGGCUUGGCUUGCGCUGGCGUCUCGACUGCUGGCACAGUUGGGGCCCCUGGAGUUGACCGUCGAAGUGCUGCCAAGCUUACGAGUAGUAUCGCACGGCACCAAGCUGGGCCUGGGUUUCCCAUUCGAGUUCAUUCUCGCCACUUCAGAGGACAUGGAGCACAUCAAAAGUUCCUGCCAUAACCACGCAUCUGCUGCAGAAACUCCGACAAAGUCAGCAGGACACCCGUCUCCCGGCUUACAUGGAGAACCAUGGUCACACCAUGAACCACUUCACCAGGGUUCACGGGCGAGAACACUAGUCAACAACCGGAAGUCAACUAACGCUUCCGGAACGCGUAACACCCGCAGCUAA